CAUCACUAUGCGGGGCACACUCAGGUUGCCCGCGCGCUCGCUCCUGGCGGCGACGUGCAGACGGUGCAGCGCCCCCAAUAAUUCCCAGAAAUUUGCGCUCGCUUUUCGCCGGUAUGCGACCCACAGGGAUGGGCUUAACACCUCGAACCCGGAUGGGUUGAACAUGAGCACCGCCCACACAUUCUCGCAGACGCUCGAUCAGCGCCAGCGCGCGCGGACGCGCAAGGACACUGUCGGCCCCUUCCAGCUGGGUCUAUCCCAGCCAGCUGCGCAGGAGGGCGUAAGGCCUUGGUCACAACUGAGUGUUGGUGGUAAAGCUAUGCGCACUACCGCGCGGACUGCCAACCUCGGUGUUAUUCUUGUUGGUGCUGGGCUUUCGGCGAUCCUGCUAUACUGCUUGACCACGGAAUUGUUCUCGACGAACUCGCCCACGGUGCUCUACAAUGAUGCGUGUGAAAGGAUCACUUCAUCCCCUCGGGUAGCGCAAUAUCUAUCCGGGCCCUUGGAGUUCCACAAUACCCCUCCCUCUGCUUUACGUCCCAAACACCGUAACCGGCACGUCUCCUCUCAGGUCGUUUUCGACCAGGCCGGCAGGGAACACAUGAUUCUCAACUUCUACGUGGAGGGCAAACCACCAGGGUAUCAACCUGUGGACUCUUCGUAUCUGGGGCAAAUCUCGACAUGGUUCAACGAGUCGAUGACCACGCUAGCAGACAUGUCGCUUGAGCAGUUGCAAGCGAGCCUCAAACAACAUGCGGAAGAUAUUAAGGACGGCACACGGAAUAUCGCGCGGUACUUGAGCGGCAAGCCAGCGAUCCCUGAACGGUCAUCAGCGCAAGCGUCGGAGGUACCUGCACCAACUGAGGAGAAGAAGAGCUCUUGGAGCUUUGGAAGUCUCUUCUCUUCAUUAACACCGUUCAAGGGCACCAGCACUUUGGGAACCUCGCACGCUGGUGGCCCGGUUUACACGGAGGGUGAGGUACACGCGGACCUGGUCAAAAACAACGAUGGAUACUUCGUUUGGCGCUACCUUCUCAUCGACAUUCCCAAUACCGCCUCUCGCAACCACGUCCGCAUCUUCGUCGAGCGGGGACCUGGUGUUCGGGAGAGCGAGCCCGUCAUGAAGUUCAACCAGUACUAAUGCAUUAAAACACCCCACUCCCUCACGAUAACUUAUCACGCCGCCCAGUAUAUCGUAUAUGUACCAUAUAUCUCCAGUACCCAGCUCAAUCCCAGGCCUCACUAUUCCCUGCGA